AUGGCGGACCUGGCCACAACCACCAAGCUCGAGCCGGACUCGCAGCUGUUGCUCGACCAGCCCUUGCUCCGACUGCCGCACGAACUGCUGCGCAAGAACUUGAAGACCGCCCAGCGACAUAUCGAACAGGCGAACAAGAACAUCACCAAGGAUGUACAGGCUGUAGUUAGCCAGAAACCAGAUCAGGCACUGGCGUCGCUCGAUACUACUCUUGCCAAAGCCCAGAACCUGAAGCGAAAGCUCGAACAGCUGUGCGAGGAAGAACAGAACCUACAGCGACAGCAGCGACUCCGAAUCGACCAUCUCCAACGAUUACACGAGAUCCCGAGUUUAGUCGAUGUCAAGUACGACACAUGGGCACAUACCCGGCUGGACCGACUUCUCGUCGACUAUCUGUUGAGGCAGGCCUACACUGAAUCUGCCAGAAACCUUGCCAAAGAGAAGAACAUCGAGGAUCUCGUUGAUGUAGACGUGUUUGAGGAGUGCCGAAGGAUCGAGAAGAGCUUGCUGGAGGGAAGGACGAAAGAGGGUCUAUCGUGGUGUAGUGAGAAUAAGCAGCCACUGAAGAAGAUUAAUAGCAAUUUGGAGCUGGAGCUUCGCCUGCAAGAGUUCAUCGAGCUCGCACGGAGCGGGGACCUGAAGAACCAGGUCGAGGCAAUCGUUCAUGCAAGGAAACAUCUCUCAAACGGGCAAGACACCGAGUUUGGCUUGCGAGCCGGUGGUCUCCUUGCACAUCCGCCAGAUACGCUCGUUGAACCAUACAAGCUUAUGUACAGCCCCGAGCGCUACACGCACCUCGCCCAUCAAUUCAUCAGAACGCAUCACGAACUCUUCGCUCUACCGUCACAACCACUUCUUCACAUCGCUCUCUCGGCAGGCCUCUCAGCGUUGAAGACACCAAGCUGUCACUCGCAAUAUGCUCUGCAGGCCAAUGCGAACACUGGAGCACCCGUGUGCCCGAUCUGCAGUACAGAACUGAACGAUCUGGCCAGAAACGUUCCUUAUGCUCAUCAUACGAAGAGCUACAUGGAAGACGAUCCUGUUGUCUUACCGAAUGGCCGCGUCUUCGGUCGAGAUCGACUGAAGAGGCUGAAUGAGAAGCUAGGCACCAAGGCUGGGAAGAUCCGCGAUCCAACAGAUCUGGACAAUGAAUGGGACGAGAAAGAGUUGAAGAAGGUCUACAUUUCGUAG